UAUCGAGCGGAAGAGCAUUAAAGUUAAAAGUGCGUGUUACGCUUACUUUUCAUUCAUAAAAAUCGUUUAAGAAUUACUAAAAUACUCAAAAUGUUUGCACGCGGUUUAAUUUUGCCUUUCCUAGCUUUGAUGGCUGUGGCUUUUAUGUGCUCUGCAGUACCCGCUUCUGCAGCUGUUGUUAAGCCAGCCGAGAAGGUAAAACCAACUGAACCAGCUGCUCCGGCUGAACCAGCUAAACCGGCCGCUCCGGCUGAACCCGUUGAAGCAGAACCUGUGGAACCAGUUGAACCCGUGGAAGCAGCAGAACCUGUUGAAGUAGAACCCCCCACAGCACCAAUACUACCAAAUCCUUUGCUCUCGAAAAUUGUAUCCGAAUGGCUAGCCUUUAUUUCAAAUCGUCCAAGUGCUUAA